GGCCUAGCGAAGCCCAAAGUCGAAGUUCGUUCGAAGUCGGCAACGAAAGAAAGAAAACCAGAACGCCGUCGUCUGGAGCCUCGAAUUGUUCUGUUCCCGUUACCACAAAAACACGCGGCAACUUAAACCAAUCACCACCGCAACUUUCAAAUACACAAAAACAGACACUCUUACACUCUUUCCGUGAUACUCAAAAGAAACCCUAACAAUCCCAAUUCAAUGACUCCUCGCGUCGACGAUUUCGAAAAGGACAAUCUCUCCGCCUCCGACGACGACGAUGACGAUGAUGACGACGGCCUCAAGGAGGACAUGGCCGCGCUCGCCCGAGCCUGCACGAUCGCCGUCCCGUGCCCCGACGAUAAUUCCACCGCCGAAGACGAUGUUCCGGCGGAGGACCCGCUCCUCCACGCCGGAGACUCGAUCGUUCCCGCCGCCACCGACUCCGACGACGACCAGGACGACCUCGAGUGUCUCAAGAGAGUGCAGAGCCUCUACCAGCCUCUGUCCGUUCUUCCGCCGCUGACGCCGCCGGCUGCCGUGUCGGACGACGACGACGACGGCGUGGACGACCUCGAGACGGUGCGCGCGAUUAUGAAAAGGUUUAGUACCUACGGCGAAGGUUCUCAUGAAGGUGGAAUGCAAAUGUUGGUUGAGGGGGAUCAGACCUCCAGCCCAGGGUAUGAGGGUGACAUUGCUAACGGCUCAAUCCAUUACGAAUCAUAUGCUGGUGAAUUAUGUCCUGUUUCUCAAGAUCCCAACGAGGCUGCCACCGAGGAGUUGAUUGAGAACGUUGAAAUGAAGCUUAGUGAUUUUGUUGAGAGUUCUGAACCUGAUGCCUAUGAGUCAUCCAAAUUACCACAGAAAAGAUUGAGCUAUCCUCCUGUAGUUCGGUGUUUUGUUGAUGCCAUUAAUAAAAAUAGGGAUUUGCAGAGAUUUAUUAGAAGUAAGUUGAUUGAGCUUGAGGCUAAAAUUGAGGAAAACAAAAAGAUAAGGAACAAAAUUAAAAUUCUCAAGGACUUCCAGGCUUCAUGCACUAGAAGAACAGGGAAUGCGUUAUCAAUGAAAAAAGAUCCACGUGUUCAGUUAAUAUCUUCAAAAAAGCCAUUUGCUCCAAAGAACUCUAAGCAGAAACAUAAAAAAGCCUCUGCAAUGUGUUAUGGCCCGGAAGAGAAUUCUCAUGUUGCUAAUUAUAGGAUGGUAUUGGAAAGAUUUCCACUUUCAUUGGAUCGGAAAAAAUGGUCUAGUGUAGAAAGGGAAAGUCUUUUGAAGGGAAUUAAGCAACAAUUCCAAGAAAUGGUGCUUCAACUUUCACUUUCAGUUGAUAGUUCAGAGGGCUUGCUUGGAGAUGCAAAUGACAUGGAUAAUGUAAUUGCAUCUGUGAAAGAUCUUGAAAUCACACCAGAGAGGAUUAGACAAUUUUUACCUAAAGUUAAUUGGGAUCUCAUAGCUUCAAUGUAUGUUGGUGGCCGUAAUGGUGCUGAAUGUGAAUCAAGGUGGUUGAAUUGUGAAGAUCCUUUGAUCAACCAAGGUGCAUGGACAAAUGAAGAGGACAAGUCUCUUUUACUUAUUGUCCAAGAUAUGGGCAUCAGGAACUGGUUUGAUAUUGCUGCAUCAUUGGGCACAAGCAGGACUCCAUUUCAAUGCUUGGCACGAUUCCAAAGGAGCUUAAAUCCUGCCAUGCUAAAUAGUGAAUGGACUGAGGAAGAAGAUUCUCAACUCUGUUCUGCUGUGGCAUGUUUUGGUGCUAGGGAUUGGCAAUCCGUGGCUUCUGUUUUAGAACGGCGGACAGGAACCCAGUGCUCAAAUAGAUGGAAAAAAUCUAUUUGUCCUGAGAAGAAAGGGAGCUUUACACAAGAGGAGGAUAUACGCUUAACAGUAGCAGUUAUGCUUUUUGGACGGAAAUGGAACCAGAUAGCUAACUAUGUUCCUGGCCGGAUCCAAUCUCAGUGUAGGGACAGAUACCUCAAUAGUUUGGAUCCUUCUUUGAAAUGGGGUGGAUGGACUGAGGAAGAGGAUUUAAGAUUAGAAGCUGCAAUUGUCAAGCAUGGAUACUGCUGGUCUAAGAUUGCUGAAGAAGUGCCACCUCGUACUGAUUCUCAAUGCCGGAAGAGAUGGAAGGUGUUAUGUCCUGAAUGUGUUCCUUUGCUUCAAGAAGCAAGAAAGAAGCGAAGGUCUAUUAUUGGUAGUAACUUCGUUGACCGAGAAUCUGAACGCCCAGCCAUUACACUGAAUGAUUUUCUACCUUCACCCGCGUUAGCUCCAAAAUCUGAUGUUGGUGCUUCAAAUCUCUGCAAGAAGCGCAAGUCAAGCAAUGUUCCCAAGGAAACGAGUAAGAAAUGCAUAAAAAGAACUCGACUUCGUACCAAGGAAGUACAAGAUACAGAGGUAUAUAGUGAUGAUGGGAUCAAGACUUGUGGUGAAGUCGUCUCUGCAUGCAGAAAUGUUUCCAAGAAGAUGAGGUCCAAAAGACAUACAAAAAACACCCAAAAUUGUCCCAAGGAGGUAGUGGAUAUAUCUUGUAGUGACAAGGUCAAGACUUGUAUUGAGAGUUCAGAAAGUCAAUCUACCUUUAUUGCAAGUUCUGGAAAUCAAGAUUCAGACAACAUAACUAUUGUAUGCUUUUUACGCGAUAAAUCAAAGGAGAUGCUAUCUAGAUUUACCAAAGACUUGUGUCAGGCUUCCUUCUCCGCCAGGAUUACAGAUGUUUCUAGGCAGGUUGAAAGUCAAGACCCAUUUGAUGAUCAAAUCAUCAGCUUGUCUCAGUCAUGUGAUACUGUUGGAACUAAAAAUUUGUUCGUGCAGCAGAAUGCUGCUUCUGAUACACUAGUGGGAACACCAGAGGAUGCGAACACUUUGACAGGCAAUGAUGAUGAUAUGACCCUUGCGUGUUUUCUGGGAAACAAACCAAAGAAAGGGAGUCAAGCUGCUAACAGGCGUAGUGCAUGCUCUUCAACCAUCAUCAUACCCGAUGGCAGUGGACUGUCAAGGUCAAAGCAUGUUGAAGAGGAGACUGUUUUGCAUGGUGGUGUUGCUGAGCCAAUGGACAUCGUUGUGGAAAAAAAGGAUGAUGAGCUUCUUACUUCCUUGCAAAACAGGCCAACAAGGCAGCGAAAACGACCCAGUAGGUUUUUAUGAAGGUGAUGCUAAUUAUCCAAAUUAUGUGGGCUGGUAUACUUUUUUUUUCCCAUUCCUAUGUAUGAAUAGAAAACAAUUGAUGAUUAAAACCUGUGCCGUGAAAUUGGGUAGUGGAUAAUCCAUAUACAAGAUUGUUUGAGUAAUUGAAAGCCAACUUUGCCAUGAUCAUGAAUUUGAAGUUGGUAUAGGUACAGUGAGUUUCGAGUUCAUUAUGCUGAGCUUGGGCCUGCAUACAGAUUUUCGGCCUGGCACAUUUUGUAAACUAACCGAUUGCCAUAAUUCUGUUCCCAUUUUAUAUUGUUUCUAUUCUUAAAGAUCUCAGGCGUCAAUGUGAAAUGUUUGGAUUUUGGCUUGA